CUGGCCCUGGAGCGUGGGGGCGGAACUUCCGGGGGGGACGCUACGACGGCCCUCUCGGAACCGGAAGUGGAGCCUGGGAACCUUGACGUUAGGAACGAAAUCGAACCUGGAUCUGGAGCCGGGUGAGAGCAAGUCGGGGAUGCUCUCAUAAUGAGUGUCAACCAGUCAGCUCCACCUGUGCCGCCAUUUGAGCAGCCCCAGCCCAUCUACCCAGGAUAUCAUCAGUCCGGUUAUGGUGGGCAACCAGGAUCCACCGCCCUUCCUACUCACUAUGGAACCUACAAUGGCCCAGUGCCAGGCUAUCAGCAGACAUCUCCUCAAGGUGUGUCAAGAGCUCCACCUUCUUCAGGAGCACCUCCAGCCUCGACAGCACAAGCCCCUUGUGGCCAGGCUGCAUAUGGCCAAUUUAGCCAAGGUGAUGUACAGAAUGGGCCAAGCUCCACCGUUCACUUGCAAAGGCUCCCCAGCUCUCAGCCAUUUGGGUCGCCACCAUUGGCCCCUGUGGUCAGCCAGCCAGCCCUGCUUCAGCCUUAUGGCCCUCCUCCAACAAGUGCACAGGUGACUGCUCAGCUGGCAGGAAUGCAGAUCAGUGGUGCUGUGGCCCCAGCCCCUCCCCCUUCAGGGCUGGGCUAUGGCCUACCAACACCACUGGCCUCAGCCUCAGGAAGUUUCCCUAACUCUGGUCCAUAUGGCUCUUAUCCUCAGGGCCAGGCUCUUCCCCUUAGCCAGGCCCAAGGACAUCCUGGAGUUCUGCCUCCCCAGCGAUCUGCCCCACCACUGGCUUCCAACUUCACCUCCCCAGCUUCAGGGGGUCCUCGGAUGCCUUCAAUGACUGGUCCACUCCUGCCUGGGCAGAGUUUUGGGGGUCCGCCAGUGAGCCAACCUAACCAUGUGUCCUCAACUCCUUCUCAAGCUCUGACCUCGGGCACCCAGAUUACUGGGCCCCCAGGAGCACUACCACCUAUGCACUCCCCACAGCAGCCAGGCUAUCAGAUGCAACAAAAUGGUUCCUUUGGACCAGCCCGGAGCCCUCAGGCCAAUUAUGGAAGCCCUUACCCUGGAACACCUGCAUUUGGCAGCCAGCCUGGGCCUCCUCAGCCACUGCCUCCUAAGCGCCUGGACCCUGAUGCCAUCCCCAGUCCUCAACUCAAUGAGCUGCCUCCUCAGCAGAAAACCAGGCACAGAAUAGACCCUGAUGCCAUUCCUAGUCCAAUUCAGGUCAUUGAAGAUGACAGGAACAACAGAGGUUCAGAGCCAUUUGUUACUGGUGUGCGGGGCCAGGUGCCACCCUUAGUUACCACCAACUUCCUGGUGAAAGACCAAGGUAAUGCAAGUCCCCGAUACAUCCGAUGCACAUCCUAUAAUAUACCCUGUACUUCUGACAUGGCUAAGCAGGCUCAGGUGCCCCUGGCAGCUGUCAUUAAGCCACUGGCAAGUCUGCCCCCAGAGGAGGCUUCACCGUAUGUCGUGGACCAUGGGGAAUCUGGCCCUCUGCGCUGCAAUCGCUGCAAAGCAUACAUGUGCCCCUUCAUGCAGUUCAUUGAGGGAGGGAGGCGUUUCCAGUGCUGCUUUUGCAGCUGUAUCAAUGAUGUCCCCCCCCAGUAUUUUCAACAUCUGGAUCAUACCGGCAAGCGUGUGGAUACUUAUGACCGUCCUGAGCUAUCCAUGGGCUCUUAUGAAUUCUUGGCUACUGUAGAUUACUGCAAGAACAAUAAGUUUCCCAGCCCUCCUGCCUUCAUCUUCAUGAUUGAUGUCUCUUACAAUGCCAUUAGGACUGGCCUUGUUAAGCUCCUCUGUGAGGAGCUCAAGUCACUGUUAGACUACCUACCUAGGGAGGGUGGAGCAGAAGAGUCAGCAAUCCGAGUUGGCUUUGUCACCUACAAUAAGGUGCUCCACUUCUACAAUGUGAAGAGCUCAUUGGCCCAGCCACAGAUGAUGGUUGUAUCUGAUGUGGCUGACAUGUUUGUGCCACUGCUUGAUGGCUUCUUGGUCAACAUCAAUGAGUCUCGGGCAGUUAUCACCAGCUUACUGGAUCAAAUUCCAGAAAUGUUUGCAGAUACAAGAGAGACAGAGACAGUAUUUGCCCCAGUAAUCCAGGCUGGGAUGGAGGCUCUGAAGGCUGCUGAGUGUGCAGGGAAGCUGUUUCUUUUCCACACAUCCCUGCCUAUUGCAGAGGCACCAGGGAAGCUGAAGAACAGAGACGACAGAAAGCUGAUCAACACAGACAAGGAGAAGACUCUGUUCCAGCCCCAGACAGGUGCCUAUCAGUCUCUGGCCAAAGAGUGCGUAGCCCAAGGCUGCUGUGUGGACCUCUUCCUCUUCCCUAACCAGUAUGUGGAUGUGGCCACACUCUCAGUUGUGCCUCAGCUCACUGGUGGCUCUGUCUACAAAUAUGCUUGCUUUCAGGUGGAGAACGACCAAGAACGAUUUCUGAGUGACUUACGUCGUGAUGUGCAGAAGGUUGUUGGCUUUGAUGCUGUUAUGCGCGUCCGGACAAGCACUGGUAUCCGUGCUGUAGAUUUCUUUGGCGCUUUCUACAUGAGCAAUACAACAGAUGUGGAGCUGGCAGGCCUGGAUGGGGACAAGACGGUGACCGUGGAGUUCAAGCAUGAUGAUCGGCUCAAUGAAGAGAGUGGAGCCCUCCUGCAGUGUGCCCUGCUUUAUACCAGCUGUGCAGGACAGCGUCGACUCCGUAUCCACAACUUGGCCUUGAACUGCUGCACCCAGCUGGCUGACCUGUACCGAAACUGUGAGACUGACACACUCAUCAACUACAUGGCCAAGUUUGCAUACCGUGGUGUCCUAAAUAACCCUGUGAAGACUGUGCGUGACAGUCUUAUCACCCAGUGUGCUCAGAUCCUGGCCUGUUACAGAAAGAAUUGUGCCAGCCCCUCCUCUGCAGGACAGCUGAUCCUUCCUGAGUGCAUGAAACUACUUCCAGUUUACCUGAACUGUGUGUUGAAGAGUGAUAUCCUGCAGCCUGGAGCUGAAGUUACUACUGAUGACCGUGCCUAUGUUCGCCAGCUGGUUACUUCCAUGGAUGUGGCUGAGACCAAUGUCUUCUUCUACCCACGACUCCUACCACUGACAAAGUCUCCUAUUGAGAACACCACUGAACCCCCAGCAGUCCGAGCAUCCGAGGAACGGCUAAGCAAUGGCGACAUAUAUUUGCUGGAGAAUGGACUCAACCUCUUCCUCUGGGUGGGAGCAAGUGUUCAACAGGGUGUUGUCCAGAGCCUUUUCAACGUUUCUUCCUUCAGUCAGAUCACCAGUGGCUUGAGUGUUCUGCCAAUUCUGGAUAAUCCAUUGUCCAAGAAGGUUCGAGGCCUCAUUGAUAACUUAAGGGCACAGAGAUCGCGAUACAUGAAGUUGAUCGUGGUAAAACAAGAAGACAAGCUGGAGAUGCUGUUCAAACACUUCCUGGUAGAAGACAAGAGCCUCAGUGGGGGAGCAUCCUAUGUGGACUUUCUCUGUCAUAUGCACAAGGAAAUUCGGCAGCUACUGAGCUAAAGCAAGUGGGUAAAUAACAUAAGGUCCCAGGCCAGCUUCCAGAAAGUACCCCGGGAUGGCAGAGGAAUUGGGAUAGUUCCAUAUCUGAUAAGUCAUGUAUGCUGACCUCAGUCUCUUCAGAGGGAGGGGGAGAUCUAAGGUGACACCUUUCUGGGCUCAAGUAUGCUACCAUUUUGUCCUGUCCUGCUGAUGGAAGGUGUCCCUGUCCUCUCACUCUACCCUCCUUUUCCUGCUAAUCCUGUUGUAAUGAAUGUAGUUUCUCAGUUCACUGUAUAUGAUUCAGUGUUGGGGGUUUGGAGGUGUCCAGAUACUGGGGAUAGCGUCCCUUUGGACCAGCCUCCAAGAGGAGGGGGGGACAAGAAAGAGUGGGGAUCCCAGGGUUACUACAGGAGGUGGUGAAUUCAGCUCAACAACUUCCUAUAUUAGGGAUAAAA